UGGUUAAAAUUUGACAAAAAAAAAGAAGCUCUGCAUAGACUUGUCAAAUGCUUUUCUCUCUUCUAUUUUUCUUCCCUCUAUAUUAUGUUCUUAAACUAUUUUCAUAUGUAGGAAUUACAUUAAUUAUCUUAUACAAUAACUUAUAUUACUUCCUUGUGUUGAAAUUUUAUUUCUUUGAAAUUGUUUAAUUAUCUUAUACUAUAAUAAAAUCAUUUUUCUUCCUGUGAAAAAAAAGUUUAUCCUUUUAUCUAUCCCCUGAGUUUCUCGCCCUGUCAUGGAAUCCAUGGAUAGAUCCGAUAUUACCUCCAUGAGAAAGCAAUCAUUGCUGCCAACAGGGAAAAAUGAGUAUCUCAAGUCCAAAACAAAUGCACAACCUAAACUGAAAGGCACCAAUAAGAUUUUCCUGCCACAAAGCAAAAUCUUAAACGUACAUCCUCAAUUCAUUGAAGUUGAACCUUCACAAUUUAGAUCAGUGGUUCAACGACUAACUGGGCGAUCGACCGGCAACAUUGAGGAAGAAACCGAUCAAGUCAUGCCAGAGAUUUUUAAAAAGAGCAAAGCUUAUGAAGAUAUGUUCUACUGUGUUAGAACCUUUAAGAAGCUGGAGUGUCCAGGAGAUGUCUCUCAAGAAUGCUUAGACUGCUUGGUGUAUUGCAGUCUUUUUCCAAAGGAUUAUGAGAUUGAUCGCGACACGUUGUUACAGUUGUGGAUGGCUGAGGGUCUGAUCGAGGAAGAACCUAUGGAAGAAAUCGCAGCUUCAUAUGUUAAAGUUCUUUGUGAACAUGGAGGGUAUAUUUCCUUGUUAAGAGAAGACGACGGUACUGGGAAGAUAUGGUACAGGGUAAACAGUAUUGAAAUUCCUGAAAAAUUUCUUAAAACUUCCAGAAUCAGUCCUCCUAGGCUGAUUUCUGAAGACCCUACUAGUGUUUUGGCUGUUGCCGAAACAGACUGUAUUCAUGUAACUCUGCAGCGUCUACUCCCAAAAGAUUUUCAGGCUCUAGGAAGAUAUUCUAAAAUUAGGACGAUCUUGCUGUUGGGGAAAAAUAAGAGUAAUGUCAAAAGCGUUCCUUAUGAUUUCUUCAUGUCAUUGCAGCAUCUGCACGCUUUGGAUUUAAGCAGGACGAAAGUAUCAGAGCUGCCGAGUUCUUUAGGUAACGCUAGAUGUCUGCGUUAUCUUGACCUCUCUGAAACACUUAUUAAGCGGUUGCCUGAAACCAUUGAGUUCCUUCAAAAUUUGCAAACACUGAAGCUUCAAAAUUGUCCUUGCCUUGUUGCUUUACCAAAAUCUACCAAGAGGCUUACAUGCCUUAGACAUCUUGAUCUUGGUACUCUUCGCCCCAUGCCUUCCAUGCCAGCUGGGAUGGGGGCACUAUCAUGCCUUCGCACUUUGUCAGAGUUCAUUGUAGGUAAAGAACAUGGUUGCCGCAUUACAGAGCUCAGAAACAUGAAUGACCUUGGGGGUAAGUUUUGUCUUUCAAAACUCGAGAACGUUGCUUUCCCAAAAGAAGCUAAGGAGGCAAACCUCGGCUAUAAGAAACGACUCAUGUACUUAGAGCUUCGAUGGACUGAUGAUGAGCACCAAGAUUGGAUUGGAGCCGAAUAUAAGGUCAUGAAGUGUCUACAGCCACACACAAACCUCCAAGACCUUCGGAUACUUUGUUAUGGAGGUUCAACAUUUCCAUGUUGGAUAGGCCACCCAUCUUUUGGUAAUCUCACAAAAAUUACCAUCUUCAAAUGUGCAAGCUGUCAAGUCCUGCCAUCAUUAGAAAUUAGAGAUCAAUUCAAUGCUGAAUUUAGAAAAAUGGAGUGACAUAGAAAAAAUGGACUUUCCUUGUCUCAGAACAUUUUCAAUCAAGAA